GAGGCUAACCAAUACCUGACUGUAGAUUGUCAAAGUCUCCCAGCGCGUUGGUUGCCGCCGGAAACGUUUAAUUGUAAAUAAAUCUUCCUGAAUUGUAAAGAGAUCCUCCGCAGGAUGGAUGAGGAGAAGACAAACCCAACAAAGAGACAACGUGCCCGGAAGAAAUUGACGUACAACAGCAUCCGGAAGCAGAUGGAGUUCUACUUUAGUGACGCCAACAUAACGAAGGAUCGCUUCCUGGGCAAAAUGGUCAAUGAUGAUCCCUUUGUACCGCUGGAUGUUUUCCUCCGGUUCAACCGCAUGAAGCAACUCACUGAAUCCACAAAAGACAUCGUCAAGGCACUGGCCAAGUCACAAAUCCUGGAAAUCUCAGCGGAUGAGAAGAGCGUGCGGAGGAGGACAAAGAUCAACUGGGGCAUUGAUACAGACAGCUGUACAAUCUAUGUUGAGGGUCUCCCUGCAAAAGCGGAUCAUGAGUGGCUGAAGAAUGCCUUUGGAACGUAUGGGAAUGUCACGUACGUCUCCCUGCCCAAGUAUUCAGGCACACAGAGGAUCAAACAAUUUGGUUUUGUGGAAUUUGAGAGUGCAAACUGCGUGGAGAAAACUCUGGAGGAAUUCCAGAAAUUUGGCGGAGUGUUGAGCUCAGAAACGGAUCCAGCAGGACUGCAGAGUGUUAUCUCCUUCAAUCAGGAACAGCAAAAGAAGCUCCCGGAGGACGAGGAGCCCCCAAAGGUGUCUGAGGAAGAGAGUGGAGAAGAAACUGGAGAGCCAGUGGCCAAGAAAGCGCGUGUAGAGGAACCCGAAGACAAGGAGGAACACGAGGAUGAGCAAAUUGAAGCAGAGAGUGCCCAGGAAGAGGAGAAACCCCAAGAAGAUGAGGGUAAGGAGAAGAAACAAACACGAAGGAAGCGCCACAAGUCCCGGAAGAAGACAUCCACAGAUAGGGAUGCAAUCUUUGACCUGAAAAUCAUGACCAAGAAGGAAUGGAAGAGAUUGCGGAAUAAGUAUUUGAAUUUGCAGCGUGAAAAAUUCCGGGAAGCCAAAAUAGCACUCCAGGGAGCUAAUGGGCAGAGAAAUACCCAAAAAUCCCCAGCAUUGACCAUCUCAAAAUCCCCCGGGAGUAUGAAUUUCUACGGAGAGCCCCAGCCAGAACCCAAUACGGGCAUUUCCAUGGCCAAGGGAUUAAUUGUGGAGCUUAAGCUGGCUGAACCUCUGGUGGAUGUGAAGGAUUUCAAGGCUGAACUCCGGCAGUAUGAUUUUGUGAAGUACGUGGACGUCAAGGAGGGCACAACAGUUGCCUAUGUGCGUGUUGAUAGCCCAGAAUCAGCAGAAGAUCUCGUGCGACGCUUCACAGAUCCCGAGAGGGCAGCCACAGUCCUCACGGGGGAUGCUGAGGAAGCCUACUGGCAGAAGAUUGCCCAGGAUCGGGAUGCAAAGCUAAAGAAGACCGUCAAAGUGGAUAAACCCAAGAGGGGACGUGAGAAGAUUAAGAAGAAAAUCAGUCAACAUAUUUUCUUUGGGGAAGAUGAGGACAAGGAGUGAGGAAGGCACUUCCACCAGCACACGCUGUUCCCCCGCCUAAGUCUCAUAGUUUUUUUUUGUGUACAUAGCGCCGGCGAAAUAAACGCGAUAAUGCUUUAAUUGCA